ACAAGGCAGUAAGGCAUUGAGCCACUAAUUGUGGAGUAUUGCUUUGUCUGGGCUGUUGGUGGUUUAAGGCUUUGAUAUGGCUUUUGGAAUUAAUUUGGGGAUUGUGUUCCUUUGCUCAUUGUUUGCAGAACACUCAAGUUUUACAUGGGCUCCACGUGAUGCCCAGAGAAUAAGAGGCUAUGGGUUUUCUGGCUUUUCCAGAAUGGAAGUUGCGCAGAGGCAAACAGGUGGCAGCUAUCCCCAGGAUCAAUUCAGACCAGCCUCUCGUGGCUCUAUCCCCAGCAGCUUUACCUCUGCCCAGACAAAGGGUAAGAGGACCCGUGCCAAGAAUACUGACAUUAGCCUCUCUGGUUCUAUAGCCAGUGGCGCCUCUGCCAUCCACAACAUGCAUCAAACCAAGGCCAGCAGAACCUAUAGUCAAAGUGUCUCUGACCCCAGUGCAGUAAGGCCAGUUUCAAGUUGGGAGGCAAAGAGAAUUCAGCCCUACACUCUUCAUCCAGUACAGCCUCACUCCAGCAGCUCUGGUUUAGUCCAGAAUCCAUAUGGUAUGUUUAAUGUCCACAGUAGACCUGCCUCUAACCUGAAACCAUCUACUCCAAACUAUGGCUCUACCCAGAGUGGAUUGAAGUUCUCCACCUCCAGACAACCCAACCAAGGCCUUGUCCAGACUCAGAGUAGAGGAGCCCCCAGCCUCUAUGGUCAAGCUGCUACCCUCACCCGCUAUGUCCAGGACCUGGAGCAAGGGAGCAGCUUCUCUACCCUGGCUUCCAAGGGACCAAUAGAAAUCUCUGCCCAGUCAAUUUCCACUCCUGACCGUCAAGUUCCCUCAAGUGGUUCUUCAUUUAGACCAGGUCCUCUGAGUUUUGGUUCUACUCAAGGUGGGAGUGCAGCAAAAAGCUACAAGCCUAGCUUCUCCCAAGAUGUUAUGCAAUACCAGAGCAGCUCUGCCAGUAGAAGUGUUUCAACUUCCAAUCAAUAUGCCCAAACAUCUGGCCAGAGACUAGAUGGAGCAAGUCGCGGCAUGCCCACUUCCAGCCUGGCCUCUCGCUCCAGUCUUUUUCGCCCCUAGCUCUACAG